AUGGCCGACUCUGAGGUGUACGACGGUGCGAUCGGUAUCGAUCUCGGUACCACCUACUCUUGCGUUGCCAACUAUGAGGGCACCAACGUUGAGAUCAGUGCGUUCUCACUCGACAAACCACCAUUUCGGUCCAUUACCAUGCUAACAUUCAAUUCACCCAGUCGCCAACGACCAGGGUUCUUACACCACCCCUCGUUCGUCUCUUUCACCGAGAAGGAGCGUCUGAUUGGUGAGGCCGCUAAGAACGCUGCCGCCAUGAACCCCGCCAACACCGUCUUCGACAUCAAGCGUCUGAUUGGUCGCCGUUACGACGACCCCAUCGUCAAGAAGGAUGUUGAGUCCUGGCCCUUCAAGGUCGUCGCCCAGGGUGACCAGCCCGCCGUUCAGGUUGCCUACCUCGGCGAGGACAAGACCUUCACUCCCCAGGAGAUCUCCUCCAUGAUGAAGGAGGUUGCUGAGACCAAGCUCGGCAAGAAGGUCGAGAAGGCCGUCAUCACCGUUCCCGCCUACUUCAACGACAACCAGCGUCAGGCUACCAAGGACGCCGGUGCCAUUGCUGGCCUGAACGUUCUGCGUAUCAUCAACGAGCCCACUGCUGCCGCUAUUGCUUACGGUCUGGGUGCUGGCAAGUCUGACAAGGAGCGCAACGUCCUCAUCUACGAUCUGGGUGGUGGUACUUUCGAUGUUUCCCUGCUGAACAUCCAGGGUGGUGUCUUCACUGUCAAGGCCACCGCUGGUGACACUCACCUUGGUGGUCAGGAUUUCGACACCAACCUCCUUGACCACUUCAAGAAGGAGUUCCAGAAGAAGACCAAGAAGGAUCUGUCCGGCGAUGCCCGUGCCCUUCGUCGUCUCCGUACUGCUUGCGAGCGUGCUAAGCGUACUCUGUCCAACGCUACCCAGACCACCGUCGAGAUUGACUCCCUCUUCGAUGGUGAGGACUUCAACUCCUCCAUCACCCGUGCCCGUUUCGAGGACCUGAACGCCAAGGCCUUCUCCGGCACCCUGGACCCCGUCCAGCAGGUCAUGAAGGACUCCGGUAUGGACAAGUCCAAGGUCGAUGAGAUCGUCCUUGUUGGUGGUUCCACCCGUAUUCCCCGUAUCCAGAAGCUCCUGUCCGACUUCUUCGAUGGCAAGAAGCUCGAGAAGAGCAUCAACCCCGAUGAGGCCGUUGCCUACGGUGCCGCCGUCCAGGCCGGUAUCCUCUCCGGAAAGGCCACCUCCGCCGAGACCGCUGACCUCCUCCUUCUGGAUGUCGUUCCCCUCUCCCUGGGUGUCGCCAUGGAGGGUAACAUCUUCGCCCCCGUUGUCACCCGUGGCCAGACCGUCCCCACCAUCAAGAAGCGUACCUUCACCACCGUUGUUGACAACCAGAGCACCGUCCAGUUCCCCGUCUACCAGGAGUUCACUCUUGCUCCCCUCCCCCCCAUGCGUGCCGGUGAGGCCGCUCUGGAGUGUGUUUUCGAGGUUGAUGUCAACGGUAUCCUCAAGGUUACCGCCACUGAGAAGACCUCCGGCCGUACCGCCAACAUCACCAUCUCCAACGCUGUCGGCAAGCUGUCCAGCACUGAGAUCGACCAGAUGGUUGAGGACGCCGCCAAGUUCAAGACCAGCGACGAGGCUUUCACCAAGAAGUUCGAGUCCCGCCAGCAGCUCGAGUCCUACAUCUCCCGUGUCGAGGAGAUGAUCUCCGAGCCCACCCUGGCCAUGAAGCUGAAGCGUGGCAACAAGGAGCGCAUCGAGUCCGCUCUCUCUGACGCCAUGGCCCAGCUGGAGGUUGAGGACUCCACCCCCGAGGACCUCAAGAAGAAGGAGCUGGCCCUCAAGCGUCUCAUGACCAAGGCCAUGGCUACCCGCUAA